CCUUGAUAAUUUCAUGGCCCAUUUUUUCGAAACAGAUUUGAAGUUUAAGGUUUAAAAUAAGCCCUUACCAUCUCUCUGAUUUGUUAUUAGUCCAAAUGUGUAGUUGAAUAGCAUUAGUGAUUAUGCAGCGCAAAGAGAAUGAAACUCCACAAGGGCAAGCAGCUUCUGUUUUGGUUGAAUUCUUGGAGGUGGCUAUUACCGCUGUUGUGUUUCUUAAAGGCGUUUAUCCUUCUGGUUUCUUGCUUCCUUCUUUGGAUUCUCCCUCUUCCAUGCCCUUUCUUCUUCUUCUUCUUCUUCUUCUUAUUAUUAUUAUUAUUAUUAUUAUUAUUAUUUGGUGUUGGAAAAGGUGCAUUUGAGAGGAGAAGGUAUAUGAAUGUGGUGGUUCAAAGAGCACGCCACCCUCAACUUAGAUAUUACAUACAUGCUACUGUCUCAGGGUUUCUUCCCUUUUUACAAAAGGGCAUGGUAGAUAGAGUAGCUGUUGUUUUUUUCAACACUGACAAUGUUCCAUUGGAGAAAUUCAUAUUCAAGCUCACAGUGAACCAGUCGUAUGGUUCAUCCGUGGAAGGGGUGGACCUUCAGAUCUCUCUUAGAUCAUUCCUUGCCAAGCUGUCAGUCUCGGAAUCGCUUACUAAGAAGCUUCCUCCAGAUUGCAGGUGGGAGAUCACAGGCAACUUCCAAUUGCUUCCGGAGACAGGCACAAGCAAGGAAGCUAACUUCUGGAUCCCAACCGACACUAAGCAGUGGGAGCAGCCCCCUUUUAUAACUCCUAUCAGGUCAAUGAGCAGCGACCCUUUGUGCUUGCAAUUUUACAUUGAGCAUCCAAGUUUAUCAGAAUCAUCAGUGCUUUGAGAAGGGAACUCGGAGCUGUAGUGCAUGUGCAUAUAUAUAUAUAUAUAUAUAUAUAUAUAUAUAUAUAUAUAUAUGUUAUAGUAAGAAGCUUUAAUUAUAUUGCAAGUCACUAUAUAUAGUUUGAUGCAAUUUUCAAUUAGGUUUUUAUAGUUGAAAAGUUUUUAAUUAUAUUGAAUAAAAUUGAGUAACCA